AUAUACUGCUCUUUCAGAGGACCUAAAUCUUGUUCCCAACACCCACAUUAAGCAGUUCACCACCACCUCUAACUCCAGCUCCACAUGGUCUGACACCUUCUCUAGCCUCUGAGGGUAUCUACACUCAUACACACAUACAUGCCACGUAGCUGUGGAAGCUUGAAUGAGAAUAGCCCUGAUAGGUUCAAUUCUUAACUACUUGGGAAGGGUUAGGAGGUGUGGCCUUGUUGGAGGAGGUGUGUCCCUGCAGGGAAACUGUUAGGUACCAAAAGAUUAGAAGUCAACCACCCAAAGAGUACAUAUGGAAUGACCCAUGACUCCAGCCACAUAUGCAGCAGAGGAUGGCCAUGUUAGGCAUCAAAGGGAGGAGAAGCCCUUGGUCCUGUUAAGGCUCGAUGUCCCAAGGUAGGGGAACGCCAGGGUUGGGAGGGGGAGGCUGGGGGAGCAUCCUCAUAGAAGCAGGGGGAGAGGGUAUGGGAUAGGGGGUUUCCAGGGAGGAAACUCGGAAAGGGGAUGGCAUUUGAAAUGUAAAUAAAGUAUCCAUUUAAGAAAAAAGAUUAGCAGCAUCUUUCUCUGCCUCAUGGUUGUAACUCAAGAUGUGAGUGCUCACUUCUGCUCUAGCACCAAGCCUGCAUUGCCAAGCUUCCCACCAUGAUGGUCAUAAACUCCACCCUCUGAAAUGAUAAGCCCCAAAUAAACUCAGUGCUUAAAAAGUUGCUUCGGUUAUUGAGUCUAAUCAUGGCAAUAGAGAAAUAACUAAGACAGUAGUGGAAGCUGACCUUGACCUCAUGGCAACCUUCUUCCCUCUGCCUCCUAAAUGCUAAGACUACUGGUGUACACCACUGAGCCCGGUUUCAUAGUUGGGUUUAAACCAUGUAUUCAGUAGGCUUCAACAGGUUGCUUGACUUCUGUGUGCCUCAUUUCCUCAUUUGUAAAAAGUAGUGUGUCUGUCAUGAAGCUUGAGGGGAGUCUAAGUGCUUAGUAGAGCAUAAAAGUCUAUGCAAUCGAUGGUAAUUAAGAUCAUUAGUAUUGAUACCAUUAAUAUUGAUGAAAAUGUUUUUGUGGGCAGCUAAAUCUAAAUUGAACCUGAAGCUCAGUCCCUCCACGUAUUAAUCUGACAUUGAGAAAAUGUCUGCAUUCAUGAACCCACGUUUAUUUACUUGCAGAAUGGGAACACAUGUAUCUAGAUUAUAAGGCUGGUAUGAACAUGCAAACAUUUAUGUGAUACUCCAUCUAUGGGUUAGAUCAUAUCUAUAGCUGAUCUAUAUAUCUGUAUCUUAUCUAUACCUAUAUCCUUGGAUUGGAUGUCCACAAACUUAAGAUAUACCUAGGAGUAAUAGAACAGGGAUGCAAUAAUUAUAUUAAGAGUAGAAACACAUGAAAAUGUCUUAAACAGAAAGAGAAAAGUGGAGGAUACACAGGUCACCAUGUUUAAAUAUCUAUUAAAAAAUAACUAAAUUCAAGCAGUGUAUAUUCAAAACAGUAGUCUUUACAAAAUACAAAACAACUGCUUAUCAGUAAACAGUCUAAUGCAGAAUAAGAUUGUCAGAGUUUCUAUUUCCCAUAAAACAUCAUGACCAAGAAGCAAGUUGGGGAGGAAAGGGUUUAUUCAGCUUACACUUCCACUUUGCUGUUCAUCACCAAAGGAAGUCAGGACUGGAACUCAAGCUGGUUAGAAAGUAGGAGCUGAUGCAGAAGCCAUCGAAGGAUGUUACUUACUGGUUUGCUCAGCCUGCUUUCUUAUAGAACCCAGGACUACAGGCCCACGGAUGGCACCACCCACAGUAGGGCCUGCCCACCUUGAUCACUAAUUGAGAAAAUGCCUUACAGCUGGGUCUCAUGGGGCAUUUUCUUAGGGUAGGCUCCUUUCUCUGUGAUGACUCCAGCUUGUGUCAAGUUGACACACAAAACCAGCCAGUAGAGAGAUCUCCUAUGAAGUAUCUGUUUGGGUUUUGGUAUCGGUUUUAUAGGUAGUGUCUGCCCAGUGGCAAGGCCACAACUAUCCCUACUUAAACAUUCUUUUUACUCAGUGAAAAUAAAAUAUACUAUAUUUUGAAAUUUUAAACUUAUUAUUCUGUUUGCUUGGUUUUUUGUUUGUUUGUUUGUUUGUUUGUUUGUUUGUUUGUUUUUUUGACAGAGGACCUCUCUGACGAGCUUUCUUCGUAAACCAGGCUGACUUUGAAUUCAGAGAACCCCCUGUCUGAUUUAUUAUGAGUCCUAGGAUUAAAGGAUUUGAUUGACAAUUUUAAUUGUAGUCAAUUAAAAUCAAGCAGAAUGUAAGUUAAAAUUUUCUUACUUGUGGUCAAACUAGAAUCUGUUAAUAGCAAAUAAUAAACCUCAGUGGCAGUGUUUCUCCAAUGAGUUAUCUCAAGUUCUGCAAACAAAAUGCCAAUAUAGUAUUUCUAAAGAAGAAUAGGUUGAUGCUGUGAAAUACUCUUAAAUCAUAAGACAAUUACUAGGCAGUAAACUUUAACAUACUGAUAACUGUAGUUAGCAAUACUUUCAACAUAUAAUAAUUUAUAGAAAGACUGGAUAUAGGAACUCAUCUUUGGCUAGGGAUCUAACUCAGUGGUAGAGCAUUUGCCAAGCAUUUGCAAGGUCAUGGAUCCCUCUCCAGUACACAGAAAAAGAAAAAAGCCAAUCAACCAACCAAUCCCCACCCUCCUACAAACAGCCUCAACUUACUACAAUACUAAACCCUAUAUCAACUUACUACAGUAGGACAGUAGCAUGUUUAUAACUACAUAAGCACACUGUAGCUAUCUUCAGACACACCAGAAGAGGGCAUCAGACCCCAUUUCAGAUGGUUGUGAGCCACCAUGUGGUUGCUGGAAUUUGAACUCAGGACCUCUGGAAGAGCAGCCAGUGCUCUUAACCCCAUUUCUCCAGCUCUGUUUAUAACUAUUUUUAAAGAUUAAAAAGGAAGAAGAAGGGGUUGGGGAUUUAGCUCAGUGGUAAGGCCCUGGGUUUGGUUCCCAGCUCCGAAAAAAAGAAAAAAAAAAAAGGAAGAAGAAAAUAAGAAGUACUGUUAAGGAUAUAGAGAAACUAAAAACUUACAUACAGCGGAUGGGAAUAUGCAAUGUUAAAGAUGUAGUAAACGGUUUAGUAGGUUCUCAAACCCUCAUUAGAACUUUCAUAAAAUCUGUUAGUUUGUUCCUAGGCAUGGACACAAAGAACUGGAAAUAGGCAUCCAAACAAAUCCGUCCACAGCAUCACAUGUGCAAUGACUACAAGGAGAAAUGCGAAUGUUCGAACACUUGUCAAUCAAUAAACACGAUGUAACACAUCUACAAAGAUGACACACUAAAGGUCCUGUAUUUUACAACUUCAUUCAUAUGAAACAUCCACAACGGUAAAUCCACAGAGACAAAAGGUAGGCUAGAAGUUGCUAGGCAUGGGAAAAGAGGGAGAAGGGAGUUAUUUUUUACUAGAUAGAGAAUUCCCCUUGUGGGGUGAUGAAAAUGUUUUGGAACUACAUAGAAAUAAUGGUUGCGCAAGAUCAUUAAAGUAUUGAAUAGUAUAUUUUUAUAUUUCAUUCUGUUAUAAGAUUGUACCUCAAUAAAAUAACUUAUUUGAGAAUUUGUUGAACUCAAAAAGGAAAUAUUAUUUCAAUGCACAUAUGAUUGGAUAAUUUGUAGUUUUUAAACACAGGAUAUAUGUCUUUCAACAUAAAGUAAUUUAUAGGAAGACAUAUAUAUAAAUGUAUAUAUACAUUUAUGUGUGUGUGUGUAUAUAUAUAUAUUUUUUUAAGUGCCUUCAGAUUAUCUUUUCUUAUUAAAACUAUCAAACCCUGGGCUGGUAAGUCUGAGUAAGGUAAUUGCCAUCAAGCCUAAUGAUCUGAGUUCAAUUCCCAUGACUCAUAUGGUAGAAAGAACCAAUUCCCAAAAUAUGUCCUCUGAUCUCUGUAUAAGUACCAAAGCACAGUACCCCAUCCACCCCAAGGCACAGCGCGUACACGCGCACACAGAGCUACCAAAAACAGAACAAACGAAAAACAAAACUAAUACAGUGCACCUCCCUGUCUGUGGGGAUACAUUACAGGAGGUUUAAUGGAUGCUCCUGAUAGUACUAAUCUAAAUUGCUUCUCCUAAUUUGUGGGUUCCAUAUUUUUAUAUCAGCAAACUAAACUAAAAAUACUUGAGAGAAAUGCAGAAAAUUCCAAAAACAGAAUUCCAUCUUGCCAUGCACUAAGUACUACAAUGGACCACAUGAAGGAAGUGAUGUUUGAGAUGCCUGGCUGCAGCUCCUGUCAUUCCAAAGAUCUUCAGUCUCUCUCAAGGCUAGAACUAUGAUGAUUUGUUCAUAUUGCAUGUGUACAGACUUGUUUUUUGGUCUUUUUUUCUAAGCAAUAUGGUAAUAAAAACUAUUUACAUACCAUUUAAAUUGUAUUAUCAUAAGUAAUCUAAAGAUGAUUUUUACAAAAUAUAGAGAUAAUUUAAAAUAUCAGGAAAGGUAUAUGCAUGGGUUGUAUGUAAACAUUGUGCCAUUUCAUGCUUCAGGGCAUCUGCUGGGUAUGCUGAAGAAUGUAUUGUUUUUUUUUUCUUAUACCUCUGAUAAAGUUUAACUUAUAAAUUAGGUAUAACCAUAACAAAAGGUUAAUGAUAAGUAAUAACAAAAUAAUUUAUUACAAAGACAGAGAGUAAUAAAAUUACUCUAAUCAUUCGGGACAAUUACUAAAUAAAUAAAAUGCAAUGAUGACAGCACCUGUGAUACCACAAUCGUCAAUCUGACAACUGGGACAGCUAUUAAGCAACUACAAAGCCAGGUUCUACUGCUGGACAGACACGACAGCUAGGGCCACACUUAUAAAAGGAAGCAUUUAAUCGGUGCCUUGCUUACAGUUUCAGAAGAUUAGUCCAUAACCACCAUGGGAGGAAGCAAGCAAGCAGACAACGGGAACGUGUGCAGUGGUAGCUGAGAACUGUACAUUCUGAUCCCACAGGCAGCUGCAGGCAGGCAGAGAGAGACUGGGCCUGGUGUACACUCUUGAGACCCCAAAGCCCACCCCCAGUGAUACUUCCUCCAACACGGUCACACAUCCUAAUCCUUUCCACUCAUGGGGACCAAGCAUUCAAAAAUGGGAGCCUACGGGAGCCAUUCUCACUCAACUACCACAGGACAUAGGCCAUAUGCAUAUGCUAGAAGAACAGCUACUGAAUUCACAGCUCACGAGAUGGUGUCGGAUAAUGUUAGACUGAGUCACAUUACACUGAACUGUGCACAAUUAAAAACUUACACAUUGCUCAUUUCUAGAUUUUACAAUUUCACAUUUUUGAGCUAAGGUUAACUGUAAGUAACCAAGACCUCAGAAAGUAAAACCUUUGGUAAAACAGAAACACUGUAUUUUAUUUUAUAAAAAUAAAAUUUCAGCUAAAAUGAGGAUACACACCAGUAAUCCUAGCACUUUGGGAGAUGGAAGCAAAACAAUCAGGAGUUCAAGAAAAUCCUCAUCAAUACAGUAUGUUUGAGGACAGCCUGGGCUACAGAAUGAGACUUUUCCUCAGAAAAAUGAAGCAAAAGUAAAUAAAGACAAUAUCUAGGUUCUUCUCAAAUUAAAAACAAGAGGCAUAGUAUUUUGUUUUUGAUAUCAGUAAAUAAGAAGUAGAACUACGGUUCAAUGAUUAAAAUCACUUGCUGCUCUUACAGAGGACUCAGAUUCAGUAUCCGCAUGCCUCACCUCUGUCUAGAACUUCACUUCUGGGAACUCCAAUGCCCUCUUCAGGUUUCUGAGGGCACCAGGCAUGCACGGAGUAUACACAUAUACAUGCAGGCAAAACAUUCCUAUACAUAAAAUACUAAAUCUACCAGUAAAUAAUACUCAUAUUUUAUUUUGUUAUAGUCAAAACAAUACAAAACAAAGCAAAAAGGUGGCAAAUGAAAGACAGGACAAAAGGAGAAACACUGAAGUAGCAAGAGUAGUGACAUUUAAGACUGAGAGGAUUAAAGAGACAGAAAUAGCAAAGAACAAAGACCAUGGAGAAGGCUGGUUGGAAAUAUUUUCUUCAUGUCAGAUUCAGCAUUCUAAUAGGUAGUGGGUAUCAAUUUCCUUCUGAAAUUUCAAUUAGGAAUCUUUAGUCCUCCCUUUGGUGUUACUUUUAAUAGACUUUAUUAUUGCUAUCAUCAUAAUUAUAUUAUUAUUAUUACUAUUAUUAUCAUCAUCAUCAUCGUUGUCGUCGUCAUCAUACUAUGUAGUUCUGACUGUCCUGAAUCUCACUGUAGACCAGGCUGGCCUCAGACUCACAGAUAUCCACUGGCCUCCUCCUUGGGUGCUGGGAUUAAAACUGUGUAUUACCACACCUGGCAGAUUUAAAUUUUUAGAGCAGUUUUAGGGUUAUAAAAAAUUACCCAGAAAGUUUCCAUACACUUACUCUUUUCCUCCUCUGUAACUUUCUUUUGUUAGAUCACCACGAGAGGAAGGCAGUGGUGGAUACCUUUAACCUAGGACUUAAGAGAUUAAAGCAGUAGGAUCAGGGGUUCAAGGCUAGUCUUGCCUGCAUGUGACUUUAAGGCCAACUGGGGCUACACCAGACUCUGCCUCAAGAUCCUUUUAAAAGAAAAGGAUGUUUCAUUUUCUUCUGUAUUCACAGCCUUUGACAAUGCUAGGCAAACUCUGCGUCACUGGGCUAUCAGCUCAGGACCCAGCAUACUCUCUUUUCAUGAUUCAACUAGUUCUAAAUUGUAGGUGCCCCCCCCAAAACUUUAUAAUGUCAUUUGAAGUAUUAAAAAUAUUUAACCUUUAAGUACAAUCUAGUUUCUUCUUUUGUAGCCUGUUACUCUGACAUCAUAUCUAGAAACGUGCUGUCAGAAUCGGUGGAAAGGAUUAAUGGCACUUGUCUAUCAUACAUGCCGGCACGCUCAAUAACUCACUGUGAUGGGGCUGGAGAUACAGCUAAGUAGCAGAGGACAGAGGACGGGGACAGUGCAUACUCCCUAAACAGACAUAUUUUAUUUUCAAGACACAGCAACAUCUCUAGGAACCAAGUGUGGCUCAGUAUAGCAAUUAUAUAACAUAUGAGAGGUACUGCUACCUGGGGGGUAGGAGGGAUUCCUUUCCUGUUACUGGUGGUUCUAAACAUUACAUAUUUUUUUCCACAGAGUAAAAGGUAUUUAAAUCUAUAACUGAAAAUGGAAAAAUAGGAGCUUUAAUUUAUUAACUCAAAAUAGAAAGGGUGAAAAAAAGUAUUAAGGGACUUUUAAACAUGUUAAAAACCAUACAUAUGGUAUUUAAAUGUCUCAAAUUAGGAACAUUCCAGGUUAUGUCAUAUAGUCUAAAAACUUGACACCACUGAAAACCUGCCAGGAAAAAUAUUGCAAUAUGUGUAGUCAUAUGUGUGUAAUUAAAAAAAAAGCUUUUGAUCGGAAAACUCAUUUUUUAUUUCUUUUUUUUUUCCUUUUUUUUCGGAGCUGGGGACCGAAUCCAGGGCCUCACUGAGCUAAAUCCCCAACCCCUCAUUUUUUAUUUCUUUAAAGUAAUUCUUUUUAAAAAGAUUUUUGUUUUAUUUUUAUUUUUUGUUCUUUUUUUAUUGUUUUAUUUUUAAUUAUGUGUGUGGAUGCAUGUCUGUGAGUGGGUAUGAACAUGUGAGUGCAGGUAUUCCCUGAGGCUGAGAGAGAGAGGGAGAGAGAGAGAGGAGAGAGAGCCCGUGUGCACACGCAUACACAUGUUCAUAUGGGCUCUCCAGUCAUUAAAAUAAUUCUUUUUAAUUCUUUUUUAUGUCAUAAGUUAUAUACCAUACCCUAAAUUUCUUAUUUCUUUGCCCUAAUAUAGCCUCUUUUUCCUCUCUUUUAGUUUCCUCAGUUAAACAUCCAGUCAAACAUAAACAAUGCUAAGCAUGCCUAUGUGCAAAGGCUAGGCUGUCACAGGCAAUACUUCCUGAGUACAGAACAGACAGCCCGUGGUCUGCCUCACUGGAGCCUGGGAUGUUUCUGUUUACAUAUCCUGGAGCCAGGCGGGGGUUACUACUGGAGGCAGGCUGUCUGCUUCCUUACUACACUCAGCUUUUGUGUGGGACUGUGUCAAAGAAAGAACAACAUUGUUACAUGUGCAGCAACCAGCAGGGAGAGGUUUAAAUAAAACACAGCAGUGGUUAUGUCCUCUGCUUAAUCUUUAACCACUCUGAGCAGAGAAACAAAUUAGCCCUUAGAUUUUUUUUCUUCAAGGAAUGCAUUUUCAUAAAAGGAAAAUAGCAAAACAGUACAAUUUAAACCUCAAAGCAAUUAAUGUAAGAAGAGCUUAAUGAAUUCCUAAGACAAUAACUAAGACUGCUAAAAUAUUUCCAUACUAUAUCACAUAGCUUAGUAUUUUCAACAAACUUUUUUAUAUGGAAUGAAUAAUAUUGACAUAACUAAUAUGCUUUGAAUAGUACAUAUACAGUAACCACAAUCAGAUUAAUGUUUAUAUUUAGUAUUUUUUAAAAAAUUGAGUAAGGGAAAGACUUUAAAUUUCUUUUUAUUUUUCAACAAAAAUUUAGCACUGAAUAUUUAAGGCCAAUUUUAAUUUAACUUAGCCUGGUUAAACAUUCUGACCUAGCUCUUAGAUUACAUAAAACAAAAAUAACAAUAAGCAAAAACAAGCCAUGGCCUGCUAAUUGUCAAGACAUUUUAUGUUUGAUUUACAAAAGAACCGCAGAAAAAUGAAAACACACACACACACACACAACUUUUAGCUUCCUUAUUUGUAGUUUAAAAUUUUUUUAAAACAAUGUAUUUUGUGGCAGUGUGUAUGCCUGACUGUAUGAUCGUGCACCAACUUCACACAGGAGCCCACAGAGGCCAGAAAGAGCACGCUAGAUCCUCUAAAACUAGAGCUGCAGGUGGUUGUGAGCCACCAUGUGGGUGCUAGAAGCUGAGUCAUGGUUUUCUGAAGAGCAGGUGGUGCUCUUAAUCGAUGAACCAUCUCUCCAGCCCAGUCUUUUACUGCCCCUCCCCCUUUUUUUCCAAGACAGGGUUUCUCUGUGGAGCUUUGGCUGACCUGGAACUCACUAUGUAGACCAGAAUGGUCUUGAACUUAAAGAAGUCUGCCUGCGGUCUUUUACUUCUUAAAGUUAUCUUAUCUUGCUUUUCAGUUACUCAGUUAUGAUUUCCCCCCUCUUUUUAACUUUACUUUAAAAUCUGAAAUGAAGAUAAAGAAAGUCUUCUAUAAAACUAAGUAACAGGAACAUAAAUUUAAAAUUUCAUUUAUAUGAAUGUGGGUCUAGAGUGGUCAGACUCAUAAGAUUACAAAGCCAGUGCAGUCACCAAGGGUUUGGAGGAACCAAGUAAUGGAAACUUGUCAAAUAAGUAUAGUUUCAAUUCUGCAAGAUCAAAGAGAUUUUUGGAGACUAUGUGACAGUGUAAACACACUUACAAAUGCUAAGCUUUGCACUUAACAAUGGAGCCAGAGAGAUGGCUCAGAGGUUAGAGCCCACAGUUUUCAGAAAAAAAACCUCAUUUUUUAAAAUAGUGAUUGUAUACAUAUAAAUAAAAAUAAAAUUGAGCAAUACGAAUUUCAGUAUUUAUAAGUACUGAUACUGUUAGCAUUUCUUAACAUUGUAAUUAUCUAGAAUUUAGAUCCUUAAAUAUUUUACUCAAAAUACUUCUUAAAUUUAUGUCUCUUAAUUUUUGAAUACACAAAACACUGACACAAAAAUUUAGAGCUAUUUAGUGGAGUCUUCUUAACAUCUCUAGUUCUCAACAAUGCACAUGUGCACAAACACACACAACCACAUACACCUGUGGUUUGUAUCUUUUUUUUUUUUUUUUUUUUUUUUCCCGGAGCUGGGGACCGAACCCAGGGCCUUGCGCUUCCUAGGUAAGCGCUCUACCACUGAGCUAAAUCCCCAGCCCCUGUGGUUUGUAUCUUAUAUGUGUAUCUUUUCAGAAUUUCCUUAUGUGUGUAAAAUACAGAAACAAAUAGGAAUAUAUGGCCAUAUUCUCUUCUGAAGUACUUAAUAUUCCCUUGAAGAAGCUUAUCUUGUAUUUAAUCUGAUUAUACUUUAAAAAUCUCUCUAAAACUUCAUACAAUUUCUUUAUACUAUUGUGGCAAAGUUAACCUGUUCUCUACUGGUGUAACAAUAUUGAAAUGAGUAAUUUUGUCUCUAAUCACUUCAAAUGACAGGCAUGUACACUAAGGUAAAUAAUAGCUAAUGUUUGUUGUCAAUUAGCCUACAUCUGGAAUUAAUCAGAACGCAAGCAGCUGUGCACAGCUGUGAGGAAUUGUCUUGAUUGGAUUUUUUGAGUGGGAAGGUCCACCUAAAUCUAGGCCAUAACUUCUGGUGCUAGCUCACUUAAAAGGACACGGAAGAAGAAAGCUGUUCAAAGCUUGUGGCCUGCUCGCCCUCAUCGCCACUGGCAAAUUCGUCUAUCCUGUUGCUGGGAUUAGAACUCACUUCUUUGGGAUUCCAAUGUAGACUGAAGACUAUCAGCUCUCUAGAAAUUCUCUGGGACACUAGCACCAGGUAGACUUUGCUGAGACAUCCAGAUCUUGUGGACUGAACAACAGCUAGAUUCUUUGCUUUUCUGCAUUCAUUAAAGUAAAGGACUACUCAGACCAGAGCCUAUAAACCAUUCUAAUAAACCCCAGACUAAUAGGACAAAGGACCAAUUCUCAGAAAAAGAACUCUUGAGUUUGGGAUUUAUUCUCUGGGUUUUUCUUUUCACUGUGUGGAUUAAAGAAAGAAUAAUGUGCAAUGUAUUACAACAUUUUCAAAGAAUUGUUAAUCAUGAAGCACAUUAAUGAAUUGGAGCCAUCACAGAAUGAAUAAUAACAAUCAUACUCUAGGAAAUAUCUGCGAUGAUCUGAAUUAUUUGUCCCCCAGAACCUAUAAUCACAUGGACUGUGUUUCUAUGACAUUAUUAAACAAUUUUAAUACUUGAAAGCCAUUCCAGUAUUCUGUCCUGUGUCCCAUAGCUAAUCAUUUCCCAUUUAUUACCAUGAAAUAAUUUUUUUUCUUUUUCUUUUUUUCGGAGCUGGGGACCGAACCCAGGGCCUUGUGCUUGCUAGGCAAGCGCUCUACCACUGAGCUAAAUCCCCAACCCCGUGAAAUAAUUUUUUAAUGAAUAACAAAACUUAUUUUAGAAAAUAUAACUGUUUUAAUAUCUUGGGUUCUUAGACUGUCAAAUAUUUAGGCAGCUGUAUUAGUUCAUGCUAGUGUAAUAUAUACUAAGUAGAACAGUUAAGAGGGCUGAUUUAUUUCCUUACAAGUUACAUAAAAAUUCUUGAGAAAUUUUUCUCAAAUAUUUGAAGCUGUUUCUCCUGGUAAGGGUACUUACUGACCUAGAAUCAUACACAUGAGGUGAAGUAUGAGCUGGGAAAAUGGGAAAAUGGGAAGUCCAUGACAACAUCCUAAGGAUGUUUCUGUAAGUGAUUAGAAAGAAUUAUCACUAGAGUCCAGAUCUGAAAGCGCACACACACACACACACACACACACACACACACACACACACACACACACACACAUAUGUUGCUGAAGGAAGGCACCAGCACAGAAAGGUCAGGAAGCUGAAGGACAGUGGCAUGGCAGGAUGGGGACAUAUGAUACUGAGAUAAUUCAGACUGUGCCCUCCUGGUGCACUAAGGCUGGAGUGCAAAAAUCCUGUAUUUUCUAAACUGUCUUGUAGAUGACACUAAAGGGUCCACAUAUCUUUGGGAGAUCUUUUUUUCCUUACCUAGCAAAUAUUGUAUCAGCAGAGGCCUGUGUUGAUUACAUACCUCUUAAGUACAGAAAGAUUUUACAGGAAACACUUUACAGGUAUAAAGUAUAGCCGGCUUCGUGGGUAUGGUAAUGUGACUGCAUGUUGACUUACUUUCUUUAUCCAUACAUUAACUUUCUUGGUGGUCUUGUUCUAUGAUGAGGCUUUGGAAGCUAACUCCGUGAGAGAUCUAGCUAAAUGUUUUCUCUAUUCCAAUGGUCUUCCAAGUGUGCCCCGUCCUUGGAAGACCAUCACCACUCCCUAGGAGGCAAAUCAAAAAACUGGGUGAAGUCAGCAGUUUGUUUUAAAAUUGCUCCAAAAGAUUCUGAUUAUGUUAACAUGGGAGAAUUUCUGUGGUUUGACUGUGAUUUAUCACCUCCAAAUUUUAUGUUAAAAUUUAAUCUCUAUAACCAAGCAUGGUGCACAUGUCUUAAAUCCCAGUAGUUGGGAGGCAGAGGCAGAUAGAUCAUUGUAAGUUUGAGACCAGCCUGGUCUAUACAGAAAGCUCCAGGCUAGCCAGUGCUACAUAGUGAGACUCUAAAGAGUCUUAAAACAAACAAACCCUAAACAAAAAACAACAAUAAUUUAUUUUCCACUACGAGAUAUCAUUAGGAGAUAGGAGCUGAUAAAAUCUUUAAGAGUUGUUAAGGCUCUGCUUUCAUGAAUGUAAUUAAAAUCAUUAAAGUAAUUAAUGAAUCAGAGGAGUUAAAGAGACAUCUGAGGAGUAGGUCUGCUGUAUAACCUUGGGUUAAGUCUUUUACAAGCUCUCAUCUCCUGCCUACCCAGCCCAAGGACUCUGCCAGCAAGAAAGCCAUCCUAAGGGGUUGGGGAUUUAGCUCAGUGGUAGAGCGUUUGCCUAGGAAGCGCAAGGCCCUGGGUUCGGUCCCCAGCUCCGAGAAAAAAAAAAAAAAAAGAUUCCAAGAAAGCCAUCCUAAGAUGUGACCCUCUGAACACAGACCAAAGCUGUGAGUCAUAAACUUUAUAAGCUAGCCAGUCUACACUAUCACGUUUGAGAAUGGAAAAUGGAGUAAGGUAAGACUUGUGUUAUUCAUGUCCAAGUAACUAAUGUUCCCCAUCAGUAAUUUGUUGUCACUUUUGACACUGUGGCUUCAGACUUGUGGCCUCAGAGCUGUGUUCUCUCUCUCUCUCUCUCUCUCUCUCUCUCUCUCUCUGAGACAAAGCCUAUGUACUCACUGUGCAAAACCCUCAAAUUGACAGAUAUUUUCCUGCCUCUGCCUUUUGAGUGCUGGGAUUAAAGAUAUGUGCCACCAAACCCAAAAUAUACACAUUCACAAAAGUGUGGCUUUAAAUAAAACUCUGAAAGAUAUAUACUUUUAAUGACUUAUUUUUAUUUUAUGUACACUGGUGUUUUGCCUGCAUAUGUCUGUGUGAGGGUGUCAGAUCUCCAGGAGCUGGAGCUUCAAACAGUUGUGAGCUACCAUGUGGGUGCCAAGACUUGAACUUGGGACCUCUGAAAAAAUAUCUAGUGCUCUUAACUGCUGAGCCAUCUCUCCAGCCUCAAAAGGAUAUAUUCUUAUGUUUCCUAGUAACCUAUGGCAUUUGUACUUGGCAGACAACUUAAACUUAUCUCCCAUGAACUUAUCUCCCUUAUUUACUAUUACAUAAGACAUUCUCCAGUACAUGUUGUUCAUUGCUGAGUGUGUGUCUUUUUAAAUUAGCAGAUAUAAGCUCACUAAUCACACAAGAAUGCACUGAAGCCAUAUAGCUAAUCGUGUAUGGGCCUUUUGCUUUUAUUCAAGUGACAAUUUUAUAUAGUGUGAUUCAUUUCCAAUGAUAUAAAACAUUGAAAACUUGCAAAACUAUGUGCAGAUACAUUUGUACCAUCAGCAGUUGAAAUCUACUCACCUGUAUCACAUUUUACUGAGUGUUGCCAUGGUUUGAACGUGACCUCUUGUGAUCAUAGAGUAGCACUUAAUAUCCACUGCAAAGGUGGGACAUUUAAAGGGUGCCAAGCCAUGAGAAUUUUUUUUUUUUUUGGUUCUUUUUUUCGGAGCUGGGGACUGAACCCAGGGCCUUGCGCUUCCUAGGUAAGCGCUCUACCACUAAGCUAAAUCCCCAGCCCCAAGCCAUGAGAAUUUUACCUCUAGGAAUAAGUUAAUACAGUCACAGGCAUUUGUUUCCUAUAAAAAGGCUGAGUUUGAUCCUUCCACGCUCACUCUAAUGUUCUCUUGCUUUCUUCUGUUUUCUAACAUAGGACAGACUUAUUUUCAGAUUUUCACAUUGUCAGCCAGAUACAUUUCUGUUGAUUAUAAUUAUCCAGUCUCAUAAAUUUUCAUAUAGUGACACAAAACUGAAGAGUAAAAAUCCAUUUUUCACUACCUUUGCCCAUGUCUCAAUGUCUCCACUAUAGAGUGGAGCAGGUUAUCUAUGGCUCAGAAACAGAAAAUGGUUUGUGUGAUAUAAACAUCAAUGUAUUUUUAUUAUUAUUUUCUAAACUAGGAGCUUCAGUGAAGUGGUAAAUGAAAGGUUACUGCUGAGCCAUCUUCCCUUUAAGUAGAUUUCUGAGCCUGUGACUACUGUAAGUGGAGCUUCCUGGGCCACCCUAAUAGAAGUGUGAACGACAAUGGUGCUGAGGUGAUCUGAACUGUGGGGGCCCGCUAUAUAAAAUUGUCACUUGAAUAAAAGCAAAAGGCCCAAAAGGUGCCAGAGGAAAGUAAUAUUAGUGUGUGGCAAAGAGACCAAUCUUGUGACAUUUUGGAAAACAAUGAGGUUAUUUUCUGCCCUUGUCCAAAAAAGAUCUGCCUGACAAUGCUAAAUUGAAAAAUUAUGGAUUAACAGCUUUGGCAGAGAAAAUGUCCAGACAGCCUAGUACUGACUGUGUUGCUUGGUUGUUGGUGGCCAUGCUUAUGCAGAUCUAUAAUUAAGAGGAGCAAGUGGAUCGAGGAAAAACAGACAAAAUCUAUAGUUUGAGGAGAUAGGGGGCACCAGGAAAUAGAAUGGAGCUAAGUCCUGUGUUCAAGGAGAUGAGGAGAUUAAAGAAAAAGAUGAUGCUAAAUGGAAUAAAGGGAGUGACCUCAGGAAAAGACCCCACCCAGCUAAGCUUCCAAUUUGUGAAAAGGAAUUAAAGAAAAGCUUAGGGCCAGGUGUGGAGUACACGCCUUUAGUUCAAGCACUCAAGUAGGAGAGGCAUGGGGAAUUUCAAGGCCAGUCUGGUCUAUAGAGUAAGCUCUAGAACAACCAAGCUUAGGCAGUGAAGGAAAUCAAAAUCAGAAAGUGGGCAAAAAUGUAUUUGAAGAAGGGGGUCAUGUUCCAGCCCCAGAGAGCAGCAGAACUUAGCGGCUUUGGUCACAUGGUUCUGGCUUUAGAGUCAAAGACUGAACAAAGGUUAUGGAAUCUCUCUCCACAACUAAGGAAAGCCACUGAGGCCAGGCAUGUGGUAGAGAUGUCCCUACAUGGAGGCCAAGAGAGGCCACUUGGUGAAGCUGUGAAGGUGAAGCCUGGAUUGCUUUGGAGACCCCAAGAUGUUGGAGAUGCCAGAGCUGUGGGAUGCCUGCCAAGGAGAGCUGCUAACAGGGAGUGGGGCCAGCCCAGGAGAGAAGUGUGCUGCGGUCAACAAAGAUGAAACAGGUUGAGAUCUGAAGAGCACUUUGACAUCAGACGAGGAGAUUUAGAGUUUGGAGUUUCUCUGCUGGUUUUCAGUCUUGCUUUUGGUCCAGUGUUUCCUCACUAGUCUCCCUUUCCUCCCUUUUGGAAUGGUGAGUGCACCCUGUGCCAUUGUAUGUUGGACUGAAUGACCUGCUUUUUCAUCUUGAUUUUACUUGAUUACGAGCAUUGAGUUCCUUGGGGCAGGUUUGAUCUUCGCCAUCAGGAUAUCUGAUUUCUUCUUGUUUCUUCUUUGUGCACAACUAUUUAACAAACUGCAACCAAUCAACAACAACCCUGCCUCUCAGGGCACAAGCAUUUAUAUACCCUCUGAAGAGUCCUUAGAAUUCCAAAAGUCAUGCACUCACAGAACCUAUAUGCAGCUGGCACAACCACACGAGAAGCAGAUCAUAGUCAGCUGCUGUGGACAAUCUGAAGCAGCCCCAUAUCCCACACCUGGGAUUAAGACAAAAACACAUUCUUAUAACAUUUUUGUGUUUUUAAAGAAACCAAAAUUCUCACUACGAGAAAGCCAAGAGAGUCCCAUUAUAUAGAUGGUUGAAGACAGCCAUUUGGUUGCUGGGAAUUGAACUUAGAACUUCUAGAAGAACAAACAGCCAGUGUUUUUAACUGCUGAGAUAUCUCUCCAGUCCCAUUCCUAAUUAAUUCAAAAUAAUUAUUUUCCUAAAAUGUGCACAUAUUUUUUGCUCUUUCUCCUUUUAAUAAGUAUAAAAUGUGUCUUGUUUUGGCUCUUAACAAGCAUCCUGAGCCAUUCUUACUUCCCAUUUUCUAUUUAAUGCUCUUAGAGAAACACUAAAAAAUGAAGUCAGAGACUACUUGUGGCCCCAUGCCAGUACUGGCUUCGCGACUGUAAGUUUUCUUUCCUAGCUUGGUGUGAGAUAAAAACAUCUGUUGCCAGAUGCUAGAAAUUAUAAUUUCUAAUCUUAACAACACAGAAUAAAAUUAUAAUGUUAUUUCCUAAACCUGGGUUUAGAUGCAAUUCAAUCUUGUUUCUCAUUGUCUGGCCCAACUUCAAAGUAAUGAAUAAUGUAAGUGAAAAAAUAAAAGAAUUCUACAUUUAUAUCCUGACACUCAAAAAAGAACUGCCAAAGUUCAAUAGAAUGAAUUAGGUUUAAUUAAGGAAUUAAAUAUAUACGAACAGUUUUCUUCGUACUUUUCUACUGACUUAAUUAUCUUGUUUAUAUAAAUAAUUAGGGAGGCUAAUUAUAGCAAUUCUAGAUAUCUUAUCAAGAAAAUGUUCUAUAAUAAGUUUCCAAAAUUUCUAAUAAUUAUGUACUUCUUUCAAAUUGUGAAUUUACAAAUAUAUGAAAAUUUCUUAAAAGUAUAACAAAUAAAUACUAUAGAUAGAAAUUCAAUCGCUUAAAAACUGACUUUCUUCUUAAAAUUGUGUUCAUGUGUGUCUGUCUAUGUGUAAAUGAGUGCAAAUGCCCUGGAGGUCAGAGGCAUUGGCUCUCCUGGAGCUACAGCUACAGGCAGUUGUCACCUGACCCAUGUGAAAGCUGGGAACCCGAUCUGGGCCUUCUGGGAAAGCAGGAUGUGCUCUUAACCACUGAGCCAUCUCUCCAACCCACAAACUGAUUUUCUUAUUAAGCAGAGUAAAGCCUAUGACUAUAAGAGACCUCAAAAUAACACAGUUUACCUUUCUGAGUGACAAGACUUUUGGUUUUCAGUGCUGCAUGGACCAUAUUAAUGAUUUUUUUUUCCUUCUUUCCCUUUUCUUUUCUUUCUUUCUUUCUUUUUUUUUUUUUUUUUUUUUUUGAUUUUUGAAACAGGGUUUCUCUGAGUAGCCCUGGCUGUUGUAGAGCUUGCUCUGUAGACCAGGCUGGCUCCAAACUCACAAAAGAUCUGCCUGUCUCUGUCUCCCGAGUACUGGAAUUGAAGGUAUAUGCCACUACGCCCAUCCUGAUGAAUAUUUUUUUUCUCUAAUUGAGAGAAAAAUCUCAACUUGGUAGUAGUUUAUCUAUUACCUCUCAAACAUUAGCUAAUUGUUUUUUCUUUUAACACAGAAAAUGCCAGCUUCAACCUUUAAAACAACAAUAUCUAGCUAAUUAAUAUAUUUUAUUUAUGUGUAUGGGUAUACAGCUUUUGUUUUAUUUAUUUUUAAAUAAACUUUAAAGUUACUUUUAUAAUAUUUUCUUUUCAUUCACAACAAUGAUAAGCAUUUAAAAUAUAUGUAGGUGACUAGAAAGAGGCUCUAUGAUUAAGAACACUGGCUGCUCUUGGAAAGAACUUGGUUCAGUUCCCAGCACCCACAUGGUGGCUCAUAACCAUCCAUAACUCCAGUCCCAGGGCAUCAAAUAGGCGUGUGAUACACAUACAUGCAUAUAGGCACAGCAUUCAAACGCAUAAGCAUAAAUAUAUAAAACUUUUAAUUAAUUAGAUAAUUUUAAGAAAAUAUUAAAUAAUAUAGAAAACAGAAUUCUUAGGGAUAUACAGUUACAGUGAAAAUCGUGGCAGGGUUCCUGAAUUUUAGGAAACGAUUAUUUUCAAAAUAGAAUCUAUUCCCUAAUUUAGCUCAUAACAAAAUAUAAAUGGGCCCAUUGUUUGUAUACUUGUCUCUACCAUUUGUUACUCUAUAACAUCAGGUAUGUGACUGUUACAUAUCUAAGCCUCAGUGUCCUCGAUGUGGACUAAGAAGAUGGUAGAAACGAUUUCAUGUUUCUGAACGGGUUACAUUAAAACUUUAGUAUACAGAGAGUGUAAAAGAAGAGUGCCUGCCACAUCCCAAGUGCUGGAAGAUGUUCUCAGCUGCCUCCCGGCCCCUAUUAAAUCACUAAGUGCUUAUCUUACGGGGUAUACUGAACAGACUGUUCAGAAUAAUAACUCUAGCCUCCUAGAUAAAGUAAACAAGUUUAAUCACCAUUCAUCGCAUAUAGGAUAGGAUUCUUUACUAUUUUAAAGUUCAAUACAAGUAUUUUAUGAUUAAAACCCCAUUAAAUAGAUAUCUACAACUACUGUCUUAAGACCAAGGGGAAAUCAUGCUAGUAAUAGGACUGUUAAUGAGUGAGGAAAGGACAGUGCCUUGGAAAAGUUAACAGUGUCAGACUCGGACGCUAUGCAAAAGAGAAAGUUGAAUGAAGAAGAAAAGUUUUAUUUCCUUCUUCAGAAAAUAAGACCUCAAAGGGAAGAAAAGAGCUUAACUUUUCUUAAUUUGACAAUUUUGUCUGAACCUAAGUCUACUGUAAAUUGUAUAUUAAGUAGGUAUAGAAUACUGUGUGUGUGUGUGUGUGUGUGUGUGUGUGUGUGUGUGUUUCCCCUUUGCCAACUCAGGGUUUCUCUGCCUAGUCCUGGCUGUCUUGGAACUUAUGCUGUGAUCAGGCUGACCAGGAACUCAAACAUCCUCCCGCCUCUGCCUCCCCAGUGCCGAGAUUAAAGGUGUGUGCCACCACUGCCCAACAUCAUCUUUUUAAAUUUAAAUCUAUUUAUUUUUAUUUUGGUGUAUGGGUAUUCGCCUGUAUGAUGUAUGUGUACUACGUUCAUGCUGAGGCCUGAAGGAGGCAUGGAUCCAGCUGGAGUCAUAGUGGGCUGUGAGCCACCUGUGAGUGCUAGACUGCUGCCCCAGCCCCAACUACUUAGUAUUUUUUAAGGUUCCCAAAAAAUGAAAGCAAGCAAUUCUGUUCCAAAACUAUAAAACAUACUAGCAAAAGGAGAAAGUGAAAAUUGAGGUACAGGGAGCAUAGGUAGUAAAUAACUAUGAACCCUUAGCCCUCAUCUCUAGCCAGUUUUAUCUUCAAAAACUAUCUGGUAACAUUGCCCUGACUAAACGGAAUUUUUACUGCAGACUUCAACUACUAUGAAUUACAGAAAAAAUAAUUAGCUUAGAUUUCUAAUUACAAAAUUCUUUUGUUUUUUAAGAAUUUUUAUUUUUAAAAUUUAUUUCAUGCAUACGAGUACACUGUCACUGUCUUCAGACUCACCAGAAGAGGGCACCUGAUCCCAUUCCAGAUGGCUGUGAGCCACCAUGUGGGUGUGAGCCACCAUGUGGGUGCUGGGAAUUGAACUCAGGACCUCUGGCAGUGCAGCCACUGUUCUUAACCACUGAGCCAUCUUUCCAGCUCCAAAAUUCUUUUAUUUUUUAAUGGUAGUAAUUAACCUCCCUGGGAGAUGCAAUAAGUAACUAUGCUUCAAUUGCCAAAACUGGAAAAAGAAAAGCAAUGAUGUUUUUAUUUUCUCAUUUUUUGAACAGAGAUGAAAAGUCCUUGUCAACUAGAAUUAGCUGGUAAUUGUGGUCUGAAUGAAAAUGGACCCCAUAGACCCAUAGGGAGUUGCACUAUUAGGACAUGUGGCCUUGCUAGAAAAAGUGUAUGACUGGGGGUGCAGAGGGGGAGCCUCUGAGGUCUUAGAUGCUCAAGCUGGGUUUAGUGUUGGUGUCUCUUCACAACAAGAGAAACCGUAACUACGACAGUAAUCUACAGUAAGAGUAGAAUCUACAUUGUAAAUAGAAUAUAAGUGUUCAUAUAGCCCUUUUCAAUAUUAUUAAUAAGUGCUAGUACUUAAUUAUUUUAAAAGAUUCUAUGUUUCAGCAAAAGCAACCAGUAGACUAUUCAUUCUUUUAAAUCUUUUAGUAACAGCCCACAAAAACAGGGACUGAUAGUCUAUAGAGAUUUUAUUGCUAUGUGGCUGUCUUAUGCUUUCUAAAAACCUAUGAAUUAUUCUAUAAGAAUUUACAAAAUCGCUUUUUUUUCCGCCGGGGCAGCCAUCUUCCAGUAACUCGCCAAAAUGACGAACACAAAAGGAAAGAGGAGGGGUACUCGGUAUAUGUUCUCUAGACCUUUUAGGAAACAUGGAGUCGUUCCUUUGGCCACAUACAUGCGAAUCUACAAGAAGGGUGAUAUUGUAGACAUCAAGGGAAUGGGCACUGUUCAAAAAGGAAUGCCCCAUAAGUGUUACCAUGGCAAAACCAGAAGAGUCUACAAUGUCACCCAGCAUGCCGUGGGCAUCAUUGUAAACAAGCAAGUUAAAGGCAAGAUUCUGGCCAAGAGGAUCAAUGUGCGGAUUGAGCACAUCAAGCACUCAAAGAGCAGAGACAGCUUCCUGAAGCGGGUGAAGGAGAACGAUCAGAAGAAAAAGGAAGCCAAAGAGAAGGGCACCUGGGUUCAGCUGAAGCGCCAGCCUGCGCCACCCAGAGAAGCCCACUUUGUGAGGACUAACGGAAAGGAGCCUGAGCUGCUGGAGCCCAUUCCAUACGAAUUCAUGGCCUAAUGUAUACAAAGGAAAUAAAGAACCUGAACUUCAAAGUCUU